AGAGAGGUGCUGUUUACACAGUCAUACACAAGUCCUCCUGAGCCAAAAUCAAACGAGAAAGAACUUGUUAGGAAGGAUGGUGUCAUUCCUUUUCCAGACUGUACAGCAGCAGCACAGGGGGAGGGUCUACUAGCUGGAAAGGGGAAGAGAGUAACAGAAGUUGCCAUCGCUGACUAACUUUACACAGCUUGAACCAAGAGGAAGAAGAACAAAAGAAACCUGGGGAAGUAAAAAACAGGGAGAUCCACUCCGAAAGCUGCACUGAACAGGAUAAAACACACAAGAUGGAGGACUCCAGUAGCAGCAAGCCAUUCAUGGUGACGUCGUCCCUGAACUUCAAAGUCACCACCCCGUCCUUCUACAACCAGCCAAAGAAGUUCGCCUCGGUGGCACCGCCGCGGCCCAAAAGCCAGACGCCCCCCUCGGCUCCGUCGCCCACACCAAUCGGCACCGGCAUCAUUGGCCGAGUGGGAGACCUGCCUCCCCCACCCCCUUCGCUCUGUGAUGACUUCCCACCCCCUCCUCCUCCCCCACUGGACGACGACUUGCCAGCACCUCCCCUCGAUUGCCAGAUCACCCCACCCGCCUCCGAUGCCCCCCCUCCCGCCUUCCCCGCCCCACCUCCCGUGGCAGACGACCUGCCCCUUCCAGCUCCCCCCGAGGAGAGUGCCUGCGCGCCCACCUGUGCCUCCCCGCCUCCCCCUCCGCCGCCUCCACCCAUGCCCGCCUCAGGCACCAGUGUCCCCAGUGCUGCAGGGACCCCCCAGAGGCUGAUGGAGAAGCAGACCAGCUUCGAUAAGCAGCUCGACUCUCUGACCGACUUGUUGUCUGAGAUGGAAACAAGGGGACCUUUCAACCCCAAGAUGCCGAGCCAGUAUUCCUCAGCACCAGCACCCAAGCCCUCCGCUCCCCCCCCGACCGCUCCCAAGCCCGCCCUCUCUUUUCUGCCGCCGCCUGAGAUGGGAGACCGUCCGCCUCCCGCGCCCUGGGCAGAGGAACUGAAAGCCAGAACCAGCCGGCAAGCCAACCACAGCGCCGCGCCAAACUCAGCCACGAAGGGCCCGGCCGUGGCGCCAAAGACCGCUUUCGGAGGGAGGCCGGCCAUGUCGUCGGCCUCCCUGGCGCAAAAACUCAACCAGAACCUGAACCAGGCACCGACGCUAGUCAGCAGCGGACCGAAACCUUCCCUGCCCAGCUCCUUCCCCCCGCCCCCCGCCGCUCCGCCCGCACCCCCGACUUCAGUGAAUAGCACGGCCGCCGCCCCAGCAGCCAAUCACGUGAAGAGCUCUCCCUUUGCCGGUCAGGUGAACGCAAACCAAACCCCUCCUGCUGCUGUGCCUCCCCCUCAAACCAAGACGAUGGCUUCUUCUCCACCCUCCUCCUUCACCCAGCCAAUGAAAACCACCCCCGCAUCAACGCCUUCACCCCCCGGUCCAGUUUCGAUCCCCGGUGGAGGCGUUCCUCUGAACAUGAGGGAGGUGGAGGAGCUGGAGAGAAUGACCAAGGACUUUAUUAAAGACAUGGACACACACGCGCCGGUCAUCACCUCCCCUCCCACAGAAAUGUGUGGGAAGUGUGGCGAGGCUCUCUCCCGGACUCAGCCAGCUGUGCGAGCCAUGGACAAACUCUUCCACUCCAGCUGCUUCUGUUGCAUGAGCUGUCAUCGCCCCCUGCAGGGCAUGCAGUUCUAUGACAGGGACGGCUCGCCGCAGUGCGAGGACUGCUACAUGAGCUCCCUGGCCGUGUGUUCCCGAUGCGGGGAGAGGAUCACAGACCGUGUGCUGAAGGCAGUGGGACAGUGUUUCCACGCCCACUGUUUCCGCUGCAGCACCUGCUCCUGCGUACUUGAGGGCGCUCCCUUCAUCACUGAUGACAAUAACAACCCCUACUGUGUCCAGGAUUACCACAGGCGUUUUUCCCCUCUUUGCGUGAGCUGCAAUGAGCCCAUCAUUCCAGCUCCAGGAAGCGAGGAGACGGUCAGAGUGGUCGCUCUGGACAAGAACUUUCACCUCAAGUGUUACCGCUGUGAGGACUGCGCCCGCCCUCUCUCCAUAGAAGCGGAUGAAGACGGCUGUUAUCCACUGGAUGGUAGGAUCCUGUGUAUGAAGUGCCACACCCAGCGGGCCAAGCAAGCUGCCCAGUGAUUGGCUUUCGCAGCUGCACUCAGUUUAACUAUGAACCAAAUCCAAAAGCACAGGAUUCAUUCAGCUGCCUUUUUGCCUUUUGCAACAGGGCUUUAUUCAGUCUAUGUGCGCAGAUGUGUGCGUUUGUGUGUAUGAAUGGUGUGAAAAGGUUGGCACGCAUGCAGAUACAGUGUAGUAUUCCCUUUAUCUUUGUUCACUUUGCUCGGUGCAGAGGUAAUGUACUGCACUGAAACGAUCUCCUCUCGUCUAUGAUUCCAGAUCUCUAACCCUCCUCGUAGCCCCCUCUGUGUACUGCAGCAAAUGUUCUGUGCCAAUUCUAUGUUUACGCAAAAAUUUCCAGCAUAACUUGCACAAAGAAAAGUUGGGUUUUAAAAAGCAGCCUGAUAAAUAUAAAGUUGCCUUUUUCUAUCACUCAGAAAAACGUUGUUAGUAGCACCCAGAACUGAGCUCGAGCCUCUAGAAGACUUUAACGGACCGGUCUUCUUCCCUGUGAGUGCCAUAACGAUGGAGUUGUUCCUGGGGGAGUUUAGGGACCAAGAAAACUCCAACAUGUUCGUUGUAGGAUUUUACCACUGUGGCUGGCUGGUGGUUGAGGAUAUCUUUCACACUUUGGCAGUAACGGUGCCAGCAAGCAUGGCCAGUGAUGCUUUUCCUGCCUCUAAAGUGCUUUAUAUCAGCCAGUCUACUCCGAUAGCAUUUUGAAGUCAGCUAGGGCUGCGGCGCAACAGCAUAAAGAUCAAAACAGUGAAUGUUGCUCUUAGUUUUUGUGAUGUGAAUUUGACAAUUUCCAGGCAUGCUUUAAA